CGCGAGCAACAAUGCGACUAUUUGUUCUCCUUCGAUCUGUAUUCUUCGUGACACUUUUGGCGGCGAGCUUGAAGUUCAUCACACAUUCUCAGUUGUGCAUCAACUAUGAGCCACACGAUUUGUGGACUUUUAUGGACCAGUGUCAGGAAUCGAUUCAGGCCAUUGCUCAGGUUUCCGGGCUGACGCAUAAGCUUAUCCCUAUUAAAUCCACCUACGCAUUGGACAAAGCCGAAGAAAUUCUAUCAUCGGUACCCGAAACUAUGCCCCAUUUGGAAAAUGAAACAAUUGUUGGUAGCCAUGACUGGUAUAGGCUAGAUUUGAAGACGGAUGAGCAAAUAUCGAUUAAUUCGAAGACUUGUUUUGAGUUCACCAUCCACCACAUCCUUCAAGACGCGGAGCCCAAGUUUUCCCAUAUCAUCAGCCCCCUCCGAUUGACAUUGAUUCUUAUGGUCACCUCUCUGCUGAUUGCUAUUCUGGAUUUGAGCUCGAGAAUGUUCUUGGUCAGGGUCUCAGUGGUCCAAUGCAUUGUGCAUACAGUCAUGCAGAUGGUCAUUUGGGGCUCAAUUCUGUUGAAUAUGGGAUGGCAUAGACGUGUCUGGCAGCAGAAUUGGCUAGAAUCUGGUCAGACUAUCACCGAGAUUCCAGUUUACCCGGAGGAAUGGCUCUGUUUUGAGAUUUAUGCAUUUCUGCUUCUCCUGCUUCCGAUUUUGGAUUGUGUGCUCUUCGAGCAUUUGCGAAAGAAGAUUAGAAUGAUGAAUAGUGAAGGAGUGUACAAGUGUAUUCAGAAACAAUGAACUUCUUCUUCUUCUUCUUCUUGUGUGUAUAAAAUGAAAUAAAGGAUAGUACUUGUG